CUUGGCUGUCUGAGCAGCUCUAUCGUCCUCCACCUGCAUGUGCUCUCCACCUCUUGUAUGUGUACGCAUGACAUGACGAAUUCCUUUCAAAUCAACCAUCUUUCGGGUCUGAUUUCCAUCGUGAUGGACCAUACAGGACAUUCUGAUCGUUGCCUAUCGAGUUUUCGCACGCCACGAACGCUGCUAUGAUGACUUUAAAGUGUUUUCAGACUAGAGUUUCCGAACGGGGGGUAGUAGCCCUAAGUGUCGAGAUACCCUUGGCUGUCUGAGCAGCAACACGUUCAUGUGCAUCAAGGCUCGGGUCAGACGAGCUUCCAACUAGAAGCGCCCCAUUCUUCCAGAGCUCUGUCGAGUUUCAUCCUUGAGCCAAACGAGGUUGAAUGAAGGAUUCAUCGAUCAUCAUGGUAGUUCAUCCACGCUGAGAGAGUUCCUUGCGGUUUCGCCACGAUUGGCGACACCAGGCGAGUACACACUGCAAAUGAAUCUCACGGCUGGCGCUGUACUUGACUCGAGCGUUCGAUUCCCGCGUGAUUCAGUGCCGAUGCUGCGUCAUGCACAACCGAGUUUCUCGGUCAUGUGGGAAAUAUAGUGCGCUCUCCAGGUAGCGCAGUAGAGUAGUUGAUUCAACUAAUAUUAAACUGCCACAUGGGCAUAUCUGGCGAAUUUUUGUGCGGCGCGAAGGUCGUUUUCAAGCGAUUUGAUGUUGCAUUGGAGCACGGUAUUCACGUUUGUCAGCCGCAGCACUUCUUCUCGGUACAUGUGCAUCUUCUUCUCUGCGAUUUGGCGGCACUUUCUUUCCCGCUCCAAGUCUUUCUCGAGGUCCCAGAUACGCUGCUCUAGCGUCUCGUCGACGGCGCGCCCUUCCAUGUCCAAUGGCGGGGGUUCUGGGGAGCGAAAGCGCAGCACGACGUGGCCGGAUGACAGGUUGCGCAGGGCUUCGACGACUUCUUCAAAUUUGUACGACGUGAUGUCUUCUUCGUUGAUGCGGAGCAGUACAUCCCCUGGCUUGAUCAUUCCACAGGCUUCCCCUGGUGCCGAUCGGCCCGACGGCAACUUAUAGAAGGGAACGUGGAGGUCGACAAUCGCGGAAUCCGAGUGUUUCGCGAAGUAUAUCCCAAGGCCGUACAGAUCCUUCUCGAGAGUCACGUCGUACUCGUUUCGUUCGUGCGGUGUAUCGAUUUUACUGUCGCAAUGCGAGCAUGACCGCUUGCUAGCGUUGACGUCGUGAGCACAGUUGGUCGACGAUUCCAACAAAUCCAUGUCGAGACUGACACUGCUUGUGGUCUCUGUGGGGCUAGAUGCAUCCAAUAUAGAUGCAUCCACGAUACCAACGGAACGGGGCAUCCCUUCCAUCUCACUCAGGGGCAUCGUUCGCCUCGCACGACGUCGGGCAAGCGGGCUCGGAGGGACGGUGUGUUGCCGUCGUGG